AUGAAUUUACUUGUAAUAUCAACUGUAAGUUGUUUUUUGGAAUAUAUUGUUCCAAUUUUAAUUAAGUAUGUCACAUCCCGUUUGUACACAGUAACAAAAUAUGAUAUGGAACUACGUAAAGACUUGAUGAACCUAAAACAAGAAAUGGUUGGGAUUUCAAUAGUUGAUGAAUUUUCAAGAUUUGCAAAACUUCAACGUAAAUGCAAUAAAAUUGAGGGCAUUUUAAAAGAAACAGCAAACAAACGAUUAACUUCUCAAAUGAAGGUACAGUUGUUUGUAAGAUAUGGUUUCCACCUAUUAAAUGGUUUACUGCUACUGGUUUUGUCAUAUAUUUACAGAAGUACACCAGUAAUAGUAUUUCCAAAAGGUAUGCUAUGGCCAAUACACAAUUUACUAAGUUGGCCAUGCUAUCAAGAAGAUUCAAUUUCUUUGAUUAUGUGGAUUAUAAUUGCUAGAUUAGUUGUAUCUGCAUGUAAAAAAAUUGACAUAACGUGAUACUAAUUAUUUCCCAUUAAAUCGUUUGUGAAGAUUGAAAUAAAAGUUUUCUUUGGAAGGAUUUCAGUGAACUGAUACGCUCUCUCAAAGCAUAUUUACUAGAAUAAACUUGGUUUUCAACUGCCAAUAGAUAAAUGACA